GAUUGGAUGAUAAAUACAUGGACCGAGAGGACAGAGAGGGGGAGAGAAAGAGGCAGCAGUUGGACAUCUCUGAGGGACCCAACGGCUCUUAACGGUGAGAAGCGAGACAGAGCUGAACCCAAGAUUGGACUCAGAUCACAAAUCCUGUGAGAUGCUCAGAACCCACCUGACAGGUGAUUUUCAGCAUUCAGUCAAACCAGUGUGCUAGGACGCGCCCGACUCCUCAUCACUGGGUAGCCCAUGCACAUGCACGACACCAUGGGUAGUUCCCCCGAGGUGCUCUCGUGGACUUCCUGCCCCAGUCUGCUGGUGGGUAAAUUGAAGGAGGAGCUCAAACUCACUGUGGUGGGGGAGGCCAUGAAGAAAUCAAACUCGCCCAACUCCCAACCUCAGGCCCCUCAGGCCCCUCCCUCCAAUUUACCUCCUCAGAUUAUCACAGACCUGGCCCCACCGACGCACCUGCCCGUUCCCCUGCAGACACUGCAGACGCCGGGCCAGGACGAGGACUCAAUGCUGGGGGGUAUAAGCCCCCCGAACACAGCCUUGAGCGUGGACUCGACUCGGAGCGAGGGUGGGCACUUUGACAACAGCGUGCUCCAGCUGCAGGAGCAUGACCACGAGGAAGCAGGAUCGCCGGCCUCGUGCGAGCAUGGCGGAUGUGGCAGUGGGAUGGAGGAGCAGAUGGUAGAAGGGGAAUGUCCCAUGCACCAGGGUGGAGAGGGGAGACAGGGCCACCACCACCAUCACCACCCUGAUGACAUCAAGCUGCACUUCCACCGAGCCGGGCCAGGGUCGGGCGGCUUUUUAGAGGGGCUGUUUGGAUGUCUGCGGCCUGUCUGGAAUAUCAUAGGGAAGACCUACUCCACAGAAUACAAGCUACAGCAGCAAGACAUGUGGGAGGUUCCAUUUGAGGAGAUUUCCGAGCUGCAGUGGCUGGGCAGCGGUGCACAAGGAGCUGUCUUCUUGGGCAAGUUCCGCUCUGAAGAGGUGGCCAUCAAGAAGGUGCGUGAGCAGAAGGAGACCGACAUUAAGCACCUGCGGAAACUCAAGCAUCCAAACAUCAUCAGCUUCAAGGGUGUGUGCACUCAGGCACCUUGUUACUGCAUCAUCAUGGAGUACUGUGCCCAGGGUCAGCUGUAUGAGGUGUUGAGGGCGGGGAGGAAAGUGACCCCCAGGAUGCUGGUGGACUGGGCCUCGGGCAUUGCCAGCGGCAUGAACUACCUUCACCUGCACAAGAUCAUCCAUAGAGAUCUCAAGUCUCCCAAUGUUUUGGUGACCCACAAUGACACUGUGAAAAUCUCUGACUUUGGAACAUCCAAAGAGCUCAGUGACAAAAGUACAAAGAUGUCAUUUGCCGGUACUGUGGCCUGGAUGGCACCAGAAGUGAUAAGAAAUGAGCCUGUGUCUGAAAAAGUGGACAUCUGGUCAUUUGGAGUUGUGUUAUGGGAGCUGCUGACCGGAGAGAUUCCCUACAAAGACGUGGACUCCUCCGCCAUUAUUUGGGGCGUUGGCAGCAACAGUCUUCACCUUCCUGUCCCCUCCACCUGCCCGGAUGGCUUCAAAAUUCUCAUGAAACAAACAUGGCAAGGCAAACCCAGGAAUAGGCCUUCAUUUCGUCAGAUCCUCCUACACCUCGACAUUGCUUCUGCUGAUGUCCUCGGAGCUCCUCAGGAGACCUACUUCAAGUCUCAGUCAGAGUGGAGGGAGGAAGUGAAGAAACAUUUUGAGAAGAUCAAAAGUGAAGGCACCUGCAUCCACAGGCUGGACGAAGAGCUGAUCCGACGCAGGCGGGAUGAACUCAGGCACGCUCUGGACAUCCGGGAGCACUAUGAGAGGAAACUGGAGCGGGCCAACAACCUCUACAUGGAGCUCAGUGCCAUCAUGCUGCAGCUGGAGGUCCGAGAGAAGGAGCUAAUGAAACAUCCCUGCAGGAGAGAGCAGGCAGUGGAGAAGAAAUAUCCCGGCACCUACAAGCGUCACCUAGUCAGACCCAUCGUCAGGUCCAACGCUGUGGAGAAGCUCAUUAAGAAGAAAGGAAGCAUUUCCCACAAACCUGGGAUGCCCCCCACUAAAAGGCCUGACUUGCUUCGUUCUGAUGGCAUCCCCAGCGUGGACCCUCUCCCCUCCCCCUCGCCACUAUCAGCCAGCCCGAAGGUAUCCACGCCUCCUGGCAAAGCCCGGUACAGAAGCAAGCCUCGUCACCGUCGCGCCAACAGCAAAGGAAGCCACAGCGAGUUCCCUGGGCUGCUGAAGCCUGUCGCUGGGCCGUUAGAAGACACCCAGUCACUUCAGGAGCAGCAGUUCCACCAUCAUCACCACCACCACCACCUUCCACCCACCGAGGGGCCAUUCCUCCCCUUGAAGGGCCGCGAGGAGGCCGUCGUCAACUGUGCCAACAACCUGCGCUACUUCGGCCCCGCCGCCGCCCUCCGUAGCCCUCAGACGGACCACCUGCAGCGCCGCGUGUCUGGCUCCAGCCCUGACCUCAUAUCCACUGCUGUGGAUGCAGACACACGGCAGCGGACUUCAUCCACCAGCUCCAAUCCCGUCCCAGGAGCUGGUGCUGGUUCUUUGUGUCCCUGCUGCCAGGCUCACCCCUUCCCUGGCUGCCUACACUGUCAGGAGACCCCACCUGCAUCCAAUCACCCAGAGCUGUCCCACUACUCACUGCUCAACACCCAGGAAAGCGCCCCAACUUCUUUGGUGGUUCCAGGCAAAGACCUGGCAUCAGACGGAGAGGCUGCGAAGAAGGCCGAGCCACAGGAACAAGAGGCAUGCCAACACAGUCACGCCCUGCCCUCUGCACUGCCCCGCACUCUCAGACCUCUCAGGAAGGGCGGCGAUGAGUCAUCUGAGGAGGAGGAGGGGGAGGUUGAUAGUGAAGUUGAGUUUCCAAGGAGACAGAGACCUCACCGCUGUAUGAGCAGCUUCCAGUCCUACUCCACCUUCAGCUCGGAGAACCUGUCGGUGUCUGACGGAGAGGAGGGAAACACCAGCGACCACUCCCACAGCGGGCCCCUGGAGAGGAUGAGCGCCAGUCAGGAGGAGCACCUGGACGAGCUGCUGUCGCACACACCAGACAUCCCCAUCGACAUCUCCACCCAGUCCGACGGCCUCUCUGACAAGGAGUGCGCCGUCCGCAGAGUGAAGACCCAGAUCUCUCUGGGAAAACUGUGCUCAGACGAGCACAGCUAUGAGAACCCGCUCCAGUUCGGGGACUCGGACUGCGAUACGUCAGAAGCAGAGUGUUCCGAUGCCACCAUCAGAAACAACAAAGUCGGUGCUCCUUCCUCAUGGUGAAACCCGCCCUAGGGCUCGCUUCUGUUUUGUUUUGUUUUUUUUGCCUGGAGGCCGUCGUGUCCCACUCUGCCCUGCAGAAAACACAGCAAUAAGAGGACGACAGUGUAAACAAAAGCUCCCUAUAGCAAAAGCCCCCGUGCAAUCUCUCCCAGAACCCCCUCCAGCCCCCACCUCUUUCCUUUCAUAAGACCCUCAUCUCUAGCACAGCAUCCAGGCAACCCAUGGCAGGGAUUCCCUUUUGAAUGAUAAUGUACAGUAGAUAGUGUAACAUUCAUAAUUUAUUUUUGUCUGCGUUUUGAAGGAAAAUUCAGGACUUCUGUAUGGUCUCUGAUCGGAACAGAGAAUAAAAACCUGACAUUUUGAAACUGAGCAUGGGCUAACUGUGUGUUGGGGAGAGACUGAGAUGGUGAUGAGAAGGAGGAUGUGUUGGGACGCUGACGUAUCAGACGCUGACAACUAGCAGUGUGGAGUUACAUCAGUGCUAUUGUGGGAUUGCUCUCAGCAUCUUAAUGUUUCAGACCAAAAUCCCCAACCAACAAGGACUCCCUCCUCCUCGAGUAAGACCGACCCGCUUUCAUAUGAGUUUACAGUGUGGACAGUUCCCCUCACCUCCCCUCCUUCCAUCUCGUCCCCACCAUGCUGAGUGGGGAAUGGGGAGCUCAUAAACAAAAAAAAAACAAAAACCUGUGAACACCAGCAUGAACAACCUGCCUCGCAACCGGACUCCCUGCCCCCCUAAAAAAAAAGAGAGAGAAAAACACCACAUGUGUCUCGUCAUCAAGGAUUCCUGCUGAACUGUCCCAGCAUGCAUGCGCAGCUUGCUAAAUGCAAAAAAAAAGCUGCCAGAAGACUGCAUGAAGGGGACAAGCUAGCAGAGCAGCAGAGAUGAAGAGAAAAAAAAGAAAAAAAAAAGAAGCGACUCUUCCUCUGUGACCGAGCUCAUCCUUCCUCGAGACACGCCAACGUCAUCGUCAUCAUCAAUCAGAUGUCAUGACCAGAUUCGUUGAGGGAGUUAUCAUUGUGAGUGUGUGUGUGUGUGUAUGUGUGCGCACGCGCGUGUGUGUGAAGCCCUCACCUCUCCAUUAGACAUCACAGUUUCAAGUCUCAUCUCAGGAUUGUUUCGAGGACUGCGAGAAACUGGACUGGACCAAUUGUCGUAUGUAGGAGUCUUCUUCGAGUGGCACAUAUUAUGGACCAUGCUAGCCUUGAUGUUCAACCCACUGUUGUUAAUAAAGUUGUAGACAUGUAGAGCGUUGUAGGUUGCAAUCCAGGUGCAGUAUCUUAUUUCUUCUACUCACUAGGUGCAGCGUCUCCCAUGUACCAUUUUCUAGCAGGGUAAUAAGUCCCAAAAAUGCUCAUUGUUUUUUUUGUUUUUUUAUUUGUGCUGUAGUGAUUAAAACAGCAAUAAUAUACAGUAAGUCGGAGCUCAGGUGAGAAUGAUGUUGCUGGCUCAGGAUCCGCGGCGUCUAGCUGGCUAGACACACUACAGUGACUGGUGGCUAGAGGGAGAGCAGCAAGUGUCAAACAGCUUAUUUUUUAAAUUGUCCCAUUAAUUUCGUGAUCUAGCCUUUUCCAGAUUUUGAUGCUCAGGUUUUUAUGUUGCCACAUUGACACUAGGAGCAAUAUAAUCACAGCCGCCAGAUGGCGACAGUUACAAUGACUUUUCUUCUCCUUGUUAUGUAACGUCCUGAUCUGAUUCCUUCAAAUUAUAUGCUGUUUCCCAAGAACCCCAGCAAUAGUUACUCUAUUUUGUCUUGUCGUCGAUGAAAAGGGAUACUGCACCUGUGAGAGAUUUAUUUUUAUCCCCGUUAUCCUCCUUACUACUUACUUCGCCAGCCAGGGUUGAAUUUAACGAUAAUGAUGUCAAGAUGUCAGCUCAAGUGUAUGCAGGCGGCUGAGUUUCAAAAGUUAGGAAAUAUAAGCCAGAGACAAGGCCACAGAGCAUCCACACUGCUCUUGGUUUUCAAACAACCUCAUCUCAGUGUUAGUUACACCUGUACAUAAAACAUCUGUAAAAUGUAAUGUAAUCUUUUUUUUUUUUUUUGUCUUCUCCCUCUAACGUAUCGCACAGCUCCAACAGCUUCGAGCUCCUGUCGAUGAUGAAAUUAAGCAGAAAUGUGUAUUAAAUCAGUAUUGAAGACUGCAGGAGGGUGUGAGUUGUAAGAUCCGAGUAGCACACGGUGAAUCUAAAACUGUACUGAUGGAUAAGUGACCGAAAGCAGCUGCUGCCUUUUCCUCGAGCCUCCUUCAACCUUCUUCACUCUGUUUACGUACGUGUGAAAUAACCUAGUGUAUCGUAAUGACUGGGUAAUCCGAUCAAGCUGUUAAUAUAACAUUGUCUUUCUGGCAUAUAUCCUGUGAAGUAUGAUUGUUGUAAAGUUUUAAUUUAAUUUUGAUUCUUGUUUUUUUUUUUUUUUUUUUUUUUUUCUUUGUAGCUGGCCUACAUGAUUAUUGAAUUAAUUUAUUAUGAAUGAAAAGGUGUUGAGUUCUUUUUAAUUUCAGGCAGCUUUAGAAAUGUCAUGACCUAUGAUUUCUCCUGAAAAGUAUUAUUUAAAGGAAGCACAAUGAAUUGGUACAGGAAGAGGACAGUAUUUGUAUGGGAGAACAAAGGCAUUGUCAUAUCAUGGGAAUCUGAUGUCAUUUUUAUCUUUGUGACCCUGCAGGGGACCAUUCAUGAUUUAGAUCACGAUUUAGCAGAUUUAACAUCAGUAUUUAGUAACAUCAGGUGUUUCUUAAGCUUUUGUUAUCUCGCCAAAAGCUAUAAGGAGUCACUCAGUCAGUGGACUGUCACAGCAGGGUAAAUGAGACGCUAAGCCUAAAGGCAGAGAUCCCUCCCUCAUUUUUAAUCAACAUACCAUUUACUUAACAUUUGAAUUUCUGUGAAAUUGUCUCUAACUGUGGACAUCAUGUUGCCUCAUCCCAUGUAUCAAACAUCUGUUUUCUUUGUUACUUUCAUUUCCAAACUACCUUUCCUGUUGAAUGGCAUUAUGAUCAACCAAUCCUGUCAAUUUCCUGUAUAAUCCAGUGUACAGUGCAAAGGGUAUCUGGGAGAAUAAAAUCAGAGCAAACAACUGCAUGGAAUAAAUGCUGAUGUACUGUACCCAAUAUGUGGUGGUCUGUC